UGAAGUUAAAAUUAUGGUGAAUAAUCUGACAUGGCUUCAAGCUCUUCUUCUUCUUCUUCUGCUCCGGUGCAACUUGCCAUUCCAACCUUAAAGCUUCGAACUUCUGCUGCCCCGGAAAAGCUAAAGGCGGAUCCUUUUGCAACUUCCGAGGUAAAGGGUGGUUCUGUUGCAGAUAUUACAAGUCUGAAGCAGUCAAUUUGAUUAACGAAACUAGGAUUAUACUGAAAAUGGGUUCUGAAGCAUCGCGAGCUGCUACGACCUACCGCCUCCUGCUUAAAGCCAUCAAGAAGCACAUCGGUAAGGAAGACUCAAAGAAGCACUUUAAGGACUACACUGCAGAAGAGUUUCGAAAGAACUGCAGCUUGUUGGACCCUGCGUUGGCUCAAGAAAAAAUUAAGCUUGCUAGAGACUAUACUUUUCUGCUCAGUAGCGUGCAUCAUCACAAGAACCUGCUCUUCUCCUACAACAUUGCUGUGGACAGAUCGGAUGAAGUGAAAAGAAUACUUGGGAAAUCUGCUGCAAGUGUGGGUCUUAGACUUCCUGACGUUUAUCAACCCUGAUAGUUGGUAGGUCUUUGCAUGAUAUUCUUCAAAUUCUUGCAAAUUUGUUGUCCUCUUCUGUUUCAUUUGCCAAGAAUUUUGUUUGAGCAAACUUUUCCUUGAAUUCAAAUGAGUGGAAAACACAGAUCAUUGAUAAAAUAUAAGCUAUGUUUCAUGGAUUUAUUGGAUGUUCGAAUUCAUCCCAUUCCUUCACCAUAUUCCCCUGCAUCAGAUGUCCAUCUCUCCACUUUGAGAUAAUACCAAGUGUAUAGCGACUGCUCUUUCUCCACCGAGCAACUCUGAUUUUGAUUACGAACAGUGUGACAGAAGGAGAAGGAUAAAUGUGGAUCUUCUAUUCAUAAUGAAGAUUGUAACGCCAGUCUUCUUUAGUAACCGUUGAGACAUUAUACCCAAUUCUUGAUAGGUGUCUGGUUUGCAUUUGACAUUUGUAUUCCGAAAUUGGAGAAGCUAUUUGCAAUGGGAUGGGCAUUAUUCAGUUUA